UAUCGCGCCGGCUUUCAGUCUUCAUCGUAGAUCAGGCAAAGGCGCACAGUUCCGUGCGGCCUGCGGUGUUCGAAAUUUGAAACGAAGUCUACAAACUUUUUAAAUCUUGAAUAAGAGUUGGUGAAGUGGAAUUUAAUUGAUUAGAAACUGCGUGGAAUGAACUUUGGAUGUUAAACUUUUUUGUGAAUGCUUUUUGUGAAGUUUGGAGUUGAUUCUGAGUAGAAAAUAUACCGAUCCAGAUGUGCCCAAAACGCCCCUCGUUAUACUAAAGCAGAUGGUCCGAUAAGAAUCAAAAUGUCGAACAAAUCGCAAACCCAGCAGACUUUGCUGGACAUCUUUCAGGAGAUACUGGCAGCGUCUGGAAACUCUUCGGAUUCCAUCAAUGAGACCCAGAUCGUUUCUGUUAUGAGGGAGCAGAGCCGGUAUGGCGGGAAUGAUUUGGAAGCUACUUUGAUGAAGAUGAUGAAGGAUGCUAGGAAGAAGAUGAAUUUUACCCUGACCUGUGAUUACUGCGUGGGAGAUGUUUGGGAUGUGGUCCACGCGUAUAACGGGAUCCAUGGAUAUGUCAGUCUUUUGGUAUGCACCAUAGGAGUGAUAGCAAACUCCAUGAACGUGGCGGUGUUGACGCGUCGCGACAUGGCGGCGGCGCCCAUCAACCGGCUGCUGAAGUGGCUGGCGGUGGCCGACGUCUUCGUCAUGCUGGAGUACGUGCCUUUCUCCAUCUACAGAUACUUGGUGUUGCCAGAGAAGCUGGAUUUCCCGUACUCGUGGGCGUUAUACAUGCUGUUCCACAUGCACUUCGCUCAGAUCCUGCACACCGCGUCCAUCUGCCUCACGCUGUCGCUAGCUAUUUGGAGAUACAUAGCCAUCAAGUACUCGGACAGAAGCCACAUCCUUUGCACGGAGAGGCGGUGCAGCAUCGCCAUCUUGACCAGCUUCAUAUUGCCUCCUAUACUCUGCACGCCCACUUUCAUGGUAUUUGACAUUCACACGAAGAAUGUGACGGACAUCAACGGAAACCCCGACAUAGCUUACCACGUCGAUUCUGACUACGAAGGCACCCUAUACCAGGCGAACUUCUGGGUACACGCGGUUCUGAUCAAGCUGCUGCCUUGUUCGAUCCUAACCGUCAUCAGUAUAUGGCUGAUCAGAGCGUUAUACAACGCAAAUCAGCACCAGAAGCUAUUGAGGAACUAUAACAACUGCCCAGCAGCCGAGAAGAUGAUUAAACGUCAGAACAAAGCAGACAAAAGAACUGACAGAACGACAAAGAUGUUGCUAGCAGUUCUGCUUCUGUUCCUGGUUACAGAGCUGCCCCAAGGGAUAUUGGGUCUUAUGAGUGGGUUAUUAGGGUGGUGUUUCUUCAAAGGCUGUUACAACCUGUUCGGGGAACUGAUGGAUUUCUUGGCGCUGCUGAACGGGGCGAUCAACUUCGUGCUGUAUUGUUCUAUGUCGAGGCAGUUCAGGCAGACCUUCAGGCAGCUGAUCCUGCAGCCGCCGCUCGCCAGGUUCAUCCCUACAAACGUGUCGCAUACGGAUUCUCACAACCAGAACACGUAUGUAUUGCAAACGAGUAAAAACUUCAAUUCCAUGAGGGCGACUGAUAAAGGCGCAGAAUCCUAUGGUAUGCGAACAAUUCCUGUGAGCACGAGUGUCUGCGCUACGUAGGAUCGCUACGCCGUAGCACCUACAUAUCCGUGAAUUUACUACGACGUAGUAGUACUACGAGUCUUGCUACGGUUCCGCGAUGAAAGAGUGGCAAUUUUAUGUAGUGAUGUUACAGUCAAAACUCAUAAUCGGUCAAAACCACUUUUGACCGCAAAAAUCAGUCAAAAGUGGUUUUGACUAAGAGCAUCAGUCGAAACCUGAUAAUUAAUAUGAGUUUUUACUGUAACAGUGACAUGUUUACUUCCUGAUAACUUGUAAGGGUCGUUCAUAUGUGACUUAAUGGUUAUUAGGAUAUUUGCAUUUAUAAGCUAAAUAUCUAAAACGCGAUUUU